AACUUGAGUGAUUGGAUCAGCUUGGGCUUUCGAUUCAUUUGCAAGCUGCUGCUGCUAGCGGAGUGCUUAGGUUCGGUUCGGGUCGGUUUUCGGAGGUUACAGAGAUGAAUACGGUUUUGUCCAGAGCCAACUCGCUGUUCGCCUUCUCCCUGAGCGUCAUGGCGGUGCUCACCUUCGGUUGCUUCAUCACCACCGCCUUCAAGGAUCGGAGGGUCCCGGUGGACAUCCGUGUGUCCAGAGUCCUGCUGAAGAAUGUCGAUGAUUUUACUGGACCUAGAGAACGGAGCGACCUGGGCUUUGUGACUUUCGACCUCUCAGCUGAUCUGCAACCCAUUUUUGACUGGAACGUGAAGCAGCUGUUUAUUUAUCUGUCAGCUGAAUACGCUACCAAAGCCAACUCUCUAAAUCAAGUGGUCCUUUGGGACAAGAUCCUUAUUCGAGGAGACAAUGCCAAGCUCAACCUCAAAGACACGAAGUCCAAAUAUUUCUUCUUUGAUGAUGGAAAUGGACUCAGAUCCAACAAAAACAUUACCCUGACAUUGUCGUGGAAUGUUGUACCUAACGCCGGCAUCCUGCCCCUGGUGGUUGGAAGUGGACAUGUCAGUUUGCCAUUCCCUGAAUCGUACGAGAACACCAAGAGCUACUAAACUGAAAACUGAGCCAGCAUCCAGACCAAGCCUCUGGUCUGUGGGACUGUUGAGUGUUCUUUCCUAACUCAAAAUACAGAGAUGGAAACAAUAAAACCUUUCUUUUCUAA